AUGACAACUGAGGUGGCUUUCGACACGUCUAUGGGCUCCUUCUCCGUGGAGCUCUACAAUAACCAUGCGCCUAAGACAUGCAAGAACUUUGCGACCCUCGCCGAGCGCGGCUACUACAACAAUGUCAUCUUCCACCGCAUCAUUCCUGACUUCAUGGUCCAAACUGGCGACCCCACUGGCACCGGUCGAGGAGGUAGCUCCAUCUACGGCGAGAAAUUCGAGGAUGAGAUUCGUGGAGAGUUGAAGCACACCGGCGCUGGGAUUCUGAGCAUGGCGAACAGUGGACCGAAUACCAACGGUAGUCAGUUCUUCAUCACCCUUGCGCCAACACCCUGGCUGGACGGAAACCACACGAUUUUCGGCAGAGUUAAAAGUGGCUUAAGGGUGAUCCAGCGUAUGGGACUGGUCAAAACCGGUGCGGAGGACAAGCCCGUGGAUGAGCUGAAGAUCAUUCGCGCCCGGGUGGUUGAAGCAGGCACACAAGAGUGA